AGCCCCAACAUCACGACACGAUACACGCCAAAAACCGCACCACACUCGCUAUCCGCACACGAUUGAUCGCAUUCGAGCGCACCAUUACCACCAGAAUUUCACAGAGAGAAAGUUGAAUCGCUGUUUGGGAGAUUUGGCAGGGGGGUCAGAGCCUUUGUGGCUCUCAGGGACGACCGUUCAGCGCCAUGGAUAGACGCAACAGUGACGAUAACGAGCCAUCGCGGCGCUCGAGCGAACCCGAUAUUUUCGAUGAUGAUAACGAAAUCGAUCCGAGCGAAGAUGACUUCAUGCCCUCAGUUUCGGAUGGCUUUCGGCCAGCCAACGCUAGCGAGACGUGGCACAGCGACCGUCAGGAUCACGACCGGAUAGCUACACCGCAGCGACAGACAUCUACGUCAAAACCCAACAGCACAGAUUUGCGGAGGACGGCUACGCGGAACAGCACUGCCAAAGUACACGACCCCAUGACGCAAGAUGGCCGAUCGCCGCUCAACAGGGGACCCAGCCAACGGUCACCCCUGGGACAUACACAUCGCGACUCGGUGAGCUCUACGGCAUCUUUCGCAACAACAAGCAACUCAGAAAACCCUUUUGAGACCGGGCCCAGCCACCCCUAUGGCAUGUAUCCGCAGCUAUCCAUGACGCGGCCAUUGAGUGUAGCGACGAACUCGACAGAGCGACAGCCACAUCGAUCCAUGUCGUUACAACGGCCCACUCAUCCGUAUGCCAUGUACUCGCAGAGCGGAAUUGUCGACGAGGAACCACCAGAAGAGCCCGCACGGCCACCUGCGCCCCCGGUACAAUCGGCUAUUCCUGUUGGAUUCCCGGGUUUAAACAAUGGCUACCAUCGAGUGCUUGGGCCCGAUGGCGAGGAGCAGGACAUCAUUGGACCAGACGGCCACACAGAACAGCUUCCCCCGUACUCAAGGUAUCCAGAGGAAGGUCCAACCAAGGCAUCCUUGGCUGCCGAGGCAAGCGCGUCGCGUGUAGUCCCUGCACCCGCCCAAGUCGAUCCAGAGGACCCUUUCAAUUCUCCGCCGUCCCCCGUGUCACCACUGGGUUCAAUAUCCUUCUCUGCAUCCUCCUUCUCAACUGCUGCUGCUCCUGCCGCUCCCUUUUUGCCUUCCGUCACACCCGCCCGUCUGCCGCCUCAAAGACCAGAAACUCAAACCGGCAGUGUGGCACCCACUAUCUCCACUACCCCACCAAGCAAUCACACUAUACCAGCUGAACCUUCAGAUUCUUCGUCUGCGUCAUUGUUGGCGAAUGAAAAUCAGUUUUCAGAAAAAUCGGAGCUGGCUGACGAGAAAACCCCUUGGCGGAAGAGGAAGUUAUGGGGCAAAGUUCCAAUGGGCCUUGCCCUCGCAAUCCUAAUAGCUAUCAUAAUCCUUGCCAUUGCUCUUGGAGCUGCAAUCGGUACCUUUGCUACAAAGAAACAAAUCACUGACGAGAACGAGGAGGAAAAUCGUCAUCCGCAUGAGGAAGCCCAACCGCAGGUCACUGGUCAAAACGGAUCUCUUUUUGACGCUGUCCCUAUCUCGGCCCCCUCUGGCAUGGCUUCAAUACCUACAGGGCCCUUCGCGCUUCCUAUGGGCAUGCCCCAAGAGAGCACUCCAGGAUGCCUAACUCAGGCAAACCAAUAUUCUGCAUGGUCGUGUAAGAUGACUUUUGCUCCCCUCGUUAUAACGGUCAACGAAACUACCGUCAAUGGUGAUACCAUACAGGUAGCAUCCAUGGGCGCUGGUCCUUCUGUACCAAAGGGAACCAUCCUUUAUGGCCUCCAAACCCCCACGCUAGACAAGAAGCCACUUAGCCUCGUGCUUGACCUGGAUUUCAAGGCUUAUGGCCCAGCUUACCAUUUUUCUGCUCGGUAUGACAAACUGGUCAUCCUGCCACCAGAGCAACUCAACCUUGGGUCAGCACUCACGACACGACAAGAAGUAAAGUAUAGGCAGCGAUUCGAAGUGAAGCCUGGUGACUAUCCCUGGUAUUGUUACUGGAAUGACACAUAUAUCGAGGGUUAUAUCUACGUGCAGGACAACUCAACGGCAGCCUCAUUUACGUCUUUUCCUACUGAGUGGCCUACCCCCACUCCAUCCACCCUGGAAACUGUCUCCAUCGAGGCUCUGACCGUUACAGCAACAACAACGGACACUGUUUCAGUGGAUAUUAUAGAGACUGCCAAGCCAACCACGUCUGCUUCUGCUCGUGUCAGUCGACGAGAUACGUCCUCCGAUGAUCCUCCGUCGCGUAUGCCACCUUACCCGCGUACUGUCAAAAUUGAGGAGCGCCGCCUCGCCGACUCGCCACAACCGUACUGCCAACAGAUGGUUCUACUAGAUAACGGAGAGAUUACGACAGCACCAGGCCCAAACGAUAGUCCAAUCAGAAUAUGGUUGCAAGAGGCAGAUCCGAGCUACGAAGAGUUCCUUGCUGCUCAGCCCAGUAAUGGCCCGUCAGACAAGGGCAAACGCCAAAGCCCUUCUGAAAUGCAGAGACGUGCCGACCCACCAGACGCCUGCCACUGUCAGUGGAUGUUUAGUUAAGCAACAUGCGCUUGGUAUAAGAUUUCUCAUUAUUUCAUCUAUCCCUGGAGCGACAGCUACAUCUUGGACUACGACUCCUUUGUUUUCUUUUCCCUUCCAUGCAAGCACUGGGUACAUCUUAUGUUGUGGUGUUUAUGGCGCUUUCCCACUCGGCUGCUUACGAGUUUUCACGCAUAUCCGGCAUAUACCUGUUCUCAUUUCCUUUAGUCAUAUUGCUGCAUGCUAUGCUCAUAGCCUUAUCUCUGUAUCUUUGAUAGGAUGGAAAGGAGAUCCUAUCGGUCUAUAUCGAUGUACAAUGUUCCUUCACUAGCUUGUACAUAUUGCGAUGGUUGGAUCCGGAACCGCGAAUUAUAGUUGUCGCGUGAGUUCAUGCUGAAGAGGUAGUAGAUAGAAUAACCUGGAAUACCAUUGACAAUCAUAUCAGUCUAUGUACC